UGAGGAAUAGAUAAAGGGGAGGUGUCUUUAAUGGAUGAUAAUGGAAUUAUGGAACGGCCUGCGCUAACGGUAUACGCUGGAUUUUUCAAUUUUAUAAUAUGUAAAAAGAAGAACAAUGAAAGUAACCUAGGUGAAGUGAUUAUUUGCUCAGUCAGGAAGUCAGUCGGUGUGAGUGUGGUACUAUGUUAUGUAAAGAGACUGAUAGACUUAUGGUAUGGUAACCAAAACUAAUCACAUUUCUAUUACUAACAACACAGAUAAGAUAAUCUAUAUAACAAUAACAUGUGAUUACUAAAAUAAACAAAACAAUACCAUUAACUACAAGUAGAAAUUUCAAAAGACGUAAAUUAUGAAAGUAGUACUCUUAUUCUGUUUAUAAAUUAAUUAAAGAUAAUUAUGAGUCAACAAUUAUCAAUAGAUAAGUUCUUUAAAAGUUCUAAAAAACAAACGAAUUCAAAUAUUAUCAGUGAGAGUGGAAAAAAUAAUGUGAAUAAAAUGAAGAAAAAUCGCUUGAGUUUAAAAAGGCCAAAAACUCCUUUAAAAUUAUCGAACACCACUGCAACUAUGUGUAAACAGGUUUCAACCGAAAAUGAAGAAGUUGUAAAUUUGUAUAGUGACGAUGAAGACGCUGAGCUCAUGAAUGCAGUCGAUUUAGUUGAAUCUAUGCAUAACUCGUCUCAGCUUUCGAGCGGAGGUGAAAGCGGCACUUCUGGUUCCUCACAAAAAACUGUAAUAUAUGAUCAUUCAUCAUCUUUUAUAUCGCCUAGUAAAAUCCCAAUUACCCCUAAAAAAACCCCGACAACAUCUAACGUUCGGUUCUCUCCUACAUCUGCUAAUUGUUCUAGUCCAGGUUUUAAUAAUAAGUAUUAUUCCCCUACAAAAAAGAGGGCACUUUUUAAAAGAAGUCCAAUCAAAAGAAGGCUAGAUAAAGAUUUUGCUCAAGUUACUGAUGAUGAUGUUUAUAUUGAAGCAUGUAAGGGUAUGGAUGACAAAACUGUAUUUCUUCUCGAUAUUAUCCAUAGAUAUCUUAGCAACAAAUGUUUGAAAAGAUUGCUGUCGGAGGAAAGCCAGCUACUUCUUGAACAAUGCAUGGACAUAAUAAAGCCUGGAAUGAUGAUAAUAUGUCGGCUGUAUUGGAGAAAGGAUGGCUGGUACAGGAGUAAUAAACUAAAAGAUUUGGCUGCAAAAGUUAGGGUUUUGGAUGAUAUCAGUUUUCACGGGAUGAUCAAUUCACUUGUGACAAGUGGUCUCCUUGUCCAAAAUAUACCUAGUGAAGAUGGCCUUGAUUUUGAUGAUUUUACAUCUAUACUGAAAGCUGAUGAUCUGAAACAUAUAUGUAAAGAGCUGAAAUUAAAAAUACAAUCAAAACAGGCUGCUGUUGAUGCACUCAGGAAUUUCUGUCGAUCAAAAUCUAUCAGUAACUACUUUACAGGCAAUUCAGACACAAACUACAGGAGAGUUAUUAAAAUGAUGAGUGAAAAAGCAGGACCUUGUUAUAAGCUAUCAGAAUUAACUCGGAGCACAUUCUACAGAUUGUAUGUUCUUAUGUACUUAGGUAUGGAUUACACUCAUAUAAGAGACAAGAAAUUAGAACUGUUACAUGUAAACGAGAAAAUAAAAAGGGAGACAUAUCCAGUGGAUGCUGAUAUGUCAUUGGAUGAUGCUAGUGUUGUUUUUGAGAAUAGAGAACAAUUUGACAGCUACAUGGUUGCUCAUUAUAUAUAUGAAGAUUUCUUAGAGAAAACAGAUUGUCAAGAAAAAACCGUCGUUGUUACCAAAGUAUACAGCAUGUACAAAUCUUUUUCUGACGAAGAGGUUUUACACUACAAAUCAUUGCCAAUAUGGUUGCGUCGCUUCACCCCCUGUAAUAUAUAUGUAAAAAUCUUAGAUGCUGGCAUACAAGAGUUGAAGAAAUACAAAUCACAAGAGUACUAUGAGCUCGCUGUAGAAAUUCUCGAUUUACUUAUAGAGCAGAUUGCUUUUAGACAACACAAAAAAGCAGAAUGGUACUCAGAGAAGGCUUUAAUACUGCAUUAUUUAGGACGAACUGACGAGGCAGCAGAAGUUUUAAUCCAUGGUUUUAAUUCGCAUCUUCCUGAAGACGCCAAGGACAGUUUACGGCCGCGAGCUCGCAAACUAGCUAAUCAGGCGAGCCAGCAUUUAAAGACUGAGCUAUUAUUAUAUGCCGAUAAAGAAACUAUAUUAGAGAAUAAGUUACCCGCUAAUCAUAUAUACAAACAACCAAUGGAACGUGUACAACAACGCGGCAAGUUACAGUUCCAGACUCGCUCGGGUGGUGAGAUAGUGGUGCAAGACGCGGAGGAUUAUUGUGUAUGGCAUUACGUAAAUAGUGGACAAUUUACACACGGUAGACAUUGGGAAGGUCAAUUUGCCGUCUCCAUUUUCUUCCUGCUUUUUUGGGAUAUCAUAUACACGAAGCCGCGAGGUGUUGUGGGCAUAUUUCUUAGUCGUUUUCAAAUGUACCCAUUGGAUAUGUUCUGUGAAAGUUUCUACAUAAAUAGAAAGACUAUGAUUGAUGAAAGAUUGGCGAUGAUCAAGAAGGGCACUACUGAAGAUAUGCUGGGUAUUAUGAAUCGAAAUUGGGACAGCAGGCCAGAGGGUGAAAUGUCCGGCGUUUGUUUGACGGGCGCGGAGCGUGAAGCGUGCGUGGCCGCUGCGUGCGCGCUGAGGCCGGCCGGCGUGGUGGCGCUCUGCAGUCGCCUCUCAACACAAUACCGAUACUGCAGCGCCGGCUUCCCCGAUCUGACUUUGUGGAACGUGCACACUGGCCAGAUAAAAUUUGUGGAAGUGAAAACAGAUACGGACAAGCCAUCGAUGAAACAGAUACAAUGGAUGCACUAUUUGAAGCAAAACGGGAUCGAUACUGAGUUCUGUUACGUUGGGGUUAACACCACCAGGAGUAAAUCUAGAGCUAGCUGAGAAAUAUUAUGAUCUUUUUCAAGAAUGCUAUUUUUUUAUCAAUUUCGAACUGAUUUGUAGAAGUAUAACGACGGCAAAGUGUACAAUGUGCAUCACGGUGUUAUGGUUGAAUUUAUUUAAAAUCAAGUGUGUGGAUAAACGUCUUACGAACGCCGUAAGUCGUACACGAGCCGAAUGUCUUAAACGAUAACACACUCGGCUCUAUUACGUUGAAAUUCUGCCUCGUGUGUUAUAACCAUCACAACGCACUUAUAUCGUAAUAUACUAUUGUCAAGCAGUGCUUUUUGCACUGUAAAAAGAUGUCUACAUGAGUAUAACUGGUAGUAUAGUAUAGUGUCGCCUAUUUCAGCCGACAAUUAGUUUGCUUUAUAAGCUGCGUUUCCGUUGUAAGGGCGAUUAGGCUAUACAAUUACAAGAUAAAGAGCAUGACACCUUAUAUCUCUGAGAUGGCAACGCAUAAGUGGUGUCAUGGGUGUCUCACGAUAUCCCUAGUGCUGUUCAUGUAUAUAGGCGACGGUUAUCGCUCACCAUUAGGUGGAACGUCAGCUUGUUUACCAUUAAAAUUUCAUAAAAAUGCAAUAAAAUAACCUGAUAUGAUUAACACUACUAAGAAAGCCGCCAACCGCUAUCUGAGAAUCGAAAUUCCGCUUGAAUCGAAAUUGAAUCUGUAAUAAUUUUACAAUUUAAAGUUAAAUUGUUGUUCUAAAGUAAGAGGGCCUGCAGGGCUGUAAACGCGGACAUUAAAUUAAAUGGAUAAAUCUAAUACGCAGUGCUAUAUAAUUGGUAUCACGUUUUAAUAAAAAACAAUUUUGUUCCUUGUAAUGCAGGCCUGGCCUGAUAGCUUAAGUGUAGGAUAACUGUAUCGUAAUGGCGCUAUGUCUCUUUUUAUUUUUAAUAAUAACAGCAUAUUUUUGUUACUAUUAUUUGUAUUUUUAUUACUUAACUGAAUGUUUUAAAUACGACUAUUAAUAUCCGACAAAUGUUUCAUAAUUUAUAGAAAAACAUAAAAGUAUAGAGAAAUUUAAAACGGACUAGUUUGUAGGACUAUAGUCUGAUAUAUCAAUAACAAAAAAUAUAGCUGUUAAGUAAAAUGAUAUGGACUUCAUAUCGUUAUAAGUACAUAUUUACUGCAAUACAAUAGGGACUGACAA